AUGCUCCAAAACAACUUUUGGAACAAAAUCAGUAAAUUGAAAAAAUCGCAAGGAAUUAAUUCAGGUGAAAUCGUGGAAGAUGGUGAAAUUUGGUAUAUUAAUCGACAUAAAACGCGACGACGACGUUCAACAUGGGACACAACAAAGUCUUACGGUGUUCAAGGCUUGGCCCGUGAUUGUGGAUAUAGUUGCUACUUCCGAUUAAGCCAAAAAACCAAAGCACCAACGAAAACAGAACUACGCUUGUUUAUGGUUCGAUGGAGACAAUUACCGAUUCCAAUUAAUAAAUCAUUGCCAGCAUUAGAAAAUAAUCGUUUGCGUCCAGUUAUACAAUAUUUGGACUCUAAUGACGUUAUGCAUGCACAUGUAUCCAAAUUUGUGCCAGAUUGUCUAUAUAGUGCACAUGCAAUGAGUGCGACUGAAUCAUCCAUUGUCAAUUUAUGUGGCCGUAAUGGUGGCAUGUUUGGUACACUGGUAUUAUCGAAUGGUACUUAUCUCAUUGAACCGGUAAAAAGUCACCAACCUUUACCUUCAUCAAUUAAAGCACACAUUGUGUACAAAACCAGAUCUCAUUCAUUCCACGAUUUGUAUUUUUCUGAUUACAUUAAUUCUUCUAUAUCAGCAUCUGCCAAUAAUAAUAUUUAUUUUGUACAAAAUGAUACUGCCAUUUUUCUUAAUAUCACUAAAUUUGAUUCAUUUAAUAUUGAUAAUACAGCUAAUAACGCCUCGGGUGAUAUUAAUGAUAAAAACUCUCGAUCUCGAAGGUCUGCCAAUUCAUGGGAUCAUUAUGUUGAAGUUUUAGUCGUAGCCGAUUAUAAAAUGCUUCUUUACCAUCAAAGCCAUCUCGAAAACUAUAUUCUUACAUUGUUUUCAACGGUUGCAUCUAUAUAUCGCCACCCGAGUUUAAAAGCAGCCAUUAAUAUUAUCGUAACCCGCAUCAUUGUAUUAAAGAACGAAGCGGCUGGUCCUCUUAUAAGUGAAAAUGCCCAGGAUACUUUACAGCAAUUUUGUAGGUGGCAGGAAAUGUAUAAUGAUCGCAAUGAUGAUGCACCGAAUCACCAUGAUGUUGCGAUUUUAUUAACUCGCCAUGACAUUUGCAGAGCACCAGGGAAAUGCGAUACACUUGGACUUGCUGAACUUGGCACAAUGUGCGACUCUUUGCGAAGCUGCGCUAUUAUUGAAGACAAUGGUUUGUCCGCUGCAUUUACCAUAACUCACGAACUUGGCCAUGUAUUCAAUAUUCCUCAUGAUGAUGAACGAAAAUGUAGUCAUUACAUGACUUUAAAUAAAAAUAAUUAUCAUAUCAUGGCCCCAACACUCGAAUAUAAUACUCAUCCGUGGUCCUGGAGUGCCUGUAGCGCUGCAAUGCUUGCGCGAUUCCUCGAUGGAAAUCGUGCACAAACUCAAUGUAUUUUGGAUCAGCCAAUUGAACGGCGUUAUUAUGAUCGAAUGUUCGAAGAUCCAGCUCCUGGUACGAUGUUUUCCGCUAAUCAACAAUGUCAGUUUGUCUUCGGUCCAUCCGCGGAGCUUUGCCCUUACAUGCCUGCAUGUCGUCGAUUAUGGUGUGCAACAUAUUAUGGAUACCAAAUGGGAUGCCGCACACAACAUAUGCCUUGGGCAGAUGGAACGCCAUGUGGUGAUAAUCAAUGGUGUCAUCGUGGUGAAUGUGUAGGAAUGUCUCCAGAACAACGAUCAAGACAAGAUGGUGCGUGGGGAGAAUGGAAGAAUUGGGGUGAAUGUUCGCGCACUUGUGGUGGUGGUGUGCAAAAAGCAUUGAGAGAUUGUGAUAAUCCAAGACCGAGCAAUGGAGGUAAAUACUGUGUGGGUCAACGUGAAAGAUAUCGUCCUUGCAAUUUACAGGAUUGCCCUUGGGAUACUAUUGGAUUUCGUGAAUUGCAGUGCUCAGAAUUCGAUAGCCAAAAUGUUGGCAUAUAUGGCGUCCCCCCUAACACCAAAUGGUUGCCUAAAUAUGCGGGUGUUAGUGAGAAUGAGCGAUGCAAACUUUAUUGUCAUGUGAGCGGCUCGGCUGCUUUUUAUCUUUUGAGAGAUAAGGUACUUGAUGGUACUCCUUGCGAUCGAUAUGGCGACGAUAUGUGCAUUGAUGGAGCGUGCCACAAAGCUGGUUGCGAUCAUCGAUUAGGUUCGAAUAUGAAACGAGAUAUAUGUGGAAUAUGUGGAGGAGAUGGUAGUACAUGUCAUGUUGUGUCAGGAUCAUAUAAUGAACGGGGUUCAUUCGGUUAUAACGAAGUUCUAAAAAUACCUGCUGGAUCGGCAAACAUUGAAAUCACACAACGUGGUUAUCUUAAUCAAAAAGAGGAUGAUAAUUAUCUUGCUUUGCGAAGCGCGAAUGGCGAUUUUCUACUAAAUGGCCAUUAUCAAGUAUCUGUAUUCCGUCAACAAAUCUCUCUUCAAGAUACAGUUUUAGAAUAUUCAGGAAGUGAUUAUGUGGUCGAGCGUAUUAAUGGGACUGGACCGAUUAGAAUUGAUAUAUAUCUUCAUGUACUUUCCGUUGGAAACUUAAAUCCACCUGAUAUUCACUAUAAAUUCAUGGUUCCAUCGAAAAAUGCUGCGAUUGCACAGCAACCAUCUCACAGCAAUUUUUAUUGGCGAAUCACUGAGCGAUGGUCAGAUUGCUCAAUGUUAUGCCAAGGUCGCCAAACUCAAGAGGUAGUUUGCGUUGAUGCGAUCUCGAGUCGAACAGUUCGAGAAAACAUGUGCUCGAUGCGCAAACCUCCUGUUGAAACUCGCUCAUGCAAUAUAGAUUGCAAUAUUAAAUGGCGAACCAUUCAAGUUGGGGUAUGUUCGGUUGAGUGUGGUAGUGGAGAAAUAAAGCAAGCAAGCGAAUGCAUAAAAUAUUUCGAUGAUGGACGUGAAGAAGUGCUACCUGAAACAGAUUGUAGAAAUGUGCCGAAACCUAGUGAUCGAACUUCUUGUUAUAUUGAUUGUUCUGGUCGAAAAUGGAUAUAUACCGAUUGGACAUCAUGUACAAAAUCUUGUGGUGACAGCGGUGUAAGCAGAAGACAGGCAAUUUGUACCGAUAAAGCCAAUAGACGAAUUGAUGAUCGUAACUGCGAGCAAGUCAUGAAGGAAAUUACUGAAAAGCAAUGCAAUCGAAUGCGCUGUCCAUCAUGGGUUUAUGGACCUUGGUCAGAAUGUUCUCGUUCAUGCGAUGGUGGUAUAAAGGUGAGGCAUGCUUCAUGCUCUGAUGCUGCUGGUCAUGAAGUGCACAUAUCGAUGUGCAAUUUAGCAGAUAAACGUGAUCAUCAAAAAUGCAAUGAACAGAUAUGCACGAAUUGGAAAUUUGGACCUUGGUCACAAUGUUCCGUUACUUGUGGAGAUGGUACGGAAAUUCGUGAUGCGAUUUGUAUUGAUAAGGAAGGUCGUCAAUUGAACCAGGGUAUUGAUAUAUUUAAUUUUUAA